UGGCGUCAGUCAGCUGAUAGACGCUAAACUAACCUUAUUUUAUUCCGUCAUACAUCUUCGUAUACUCACAUCUGCAAUUGCCGGCAUGAAGUUGUGACGAAUAAUUGGCUAUCAAACGAGCUUUAAAAUGGAUGUAUCGUCAACAUCUACCACUUCAGCUGAUUCAAAGGUUUUAGAGGGUUGGCUGAAGUACAAUUUUCCAAUUUUGAUAAAUAAGAUCGAGACUGAUGUACCGAACAAUGAUUUGGAAGCUACGGAGGAAAGCUUCAAGAUGCUCCCGAUGAACUUUUGCGUUCAAAGUCUUGUAAUACCAAAAGUUGAGGAAUACAUGAGAACAACUGUUGCUCCGAAAUUUUGGUCCAAAUUUGUAGAUGCUAGUGAGACCGAUGAGAAGCAAGGAUUUCAAAACUUUACAACCUCAGUGAAUGAAUUAUACGCAGAUUCAAGCAAGCUGUUGCCGAUGUUGAAGAAGCUUGAAUUGGCUGGAUCUUGCAAACAUGAUUACUGCAUUUACAGUCAGGUUAAUAUACUAGAUUACUUCAAGCUCAUAAUAAGAGGUACAUUGCUCAGUCAAAUCCCCUUGUACCAUACAAUCAUCAUCGAAUACUUUUACAAAACUGCGUUCAAUGUAUUCUGCAACAUUGAGGCAUCGGCAGCAGCAACAGCUGAAUCAUCAUCAAACGAGUCGCGCAACAAUUCAAUGGUAAUGUGCGAUGGCUGCGAGCAGGAACAGAACAAUUGCCAGUGUCAAGUAAUCGUCGAUGUGUUUCACGAGACGAACAAGAAGCUCAUAGAACUAGGUCUGCUCGAAAGACUCGUCGGCAGCAUACUAACUUGCUUGAUACACAUCCGCAUCGAAAGUCACGUUAACCGGGUCUGCAACCGCACAUUCGAUUCGUCGCAACUGGAGCCAUUAGAGAACUGGCUUGAAACGGUCGUGAUGAACUGGCUCAUCAGAAUCUACUCCGGGGGAUCGUCGAGGUCGAUAUCUCUGGACUACAAGGUUCGCAACGCCAUAAACACCUUCAAGCAGAAGCUCAGCUACUUUCUCUACGAGACCUACACGAGGGUGAGAAUCGAGCAGCUGUUCAACAUAAUCAUCGAGUACCCGGAGUCUCGAGCGGCUGUCGACGACCUGCGCAUUUGUCUAGAGCGAACGGACCUUCGCAAGUACCUCAUCCGCUCGCUGCAGGAUGCUUUGAAGAGCAGACUACUGCACCCGGGCGUCAGCACUCCGGACAUCCUGACCGCGUACAUCGCAGCUAUUAAGGUGCUGAGGCAGCUCGACCCAACCGGGGUGCUGCUGGAGAUGAUCACCGAGCCGAUCAAGGUGUACCUGCGCGGACGAGAGGACACGGUCCGCUGCGUUGUCAGCGGACUCCUGGACGAGUCGAGCACGAGUGACCUCGCGGACGAGUUGGCCAAGGGCGGAGACUCCAUACAUCUGGACGUCGAGGACGGCGCCUCGCCGCAGGACGACAAGGACGACUGGGAGAACUGGCAACCCGACCCGGUCGACGCCGACCCCGGCACCACGAGCAGUGGCGGCAGCAACGGCAGCUCCAACACCCAGGCCCGCCGAAGGGUCUCGGACAUCAUCUCCAUGCUCGUCAACGUCUACGGUAGCCAGGACCUCUUCGUCAACGAGUACCGAACUCUGCUUGCCGACCGGCUGCUCUCACAGCUAAACUAUCAGACGGAGCGCGAAAUCCGGCAACUGGAACUGCUCAAGCGACGCUUCGGCGAACACCAGCUACACCACUGCGAGGUCAUGAUCAAAGACAUCGGCGACUCGAAGCGCAUCGACGGCAACGUCCAGCUGGACGCGCACUACGCCGCGCACGAAGCGAACUUUGCGACCUCGGCGCUCAUCCUCUCCGCCCAGUUUUGGCCGCCUUUCAAGGAGGACUGGAAGCUCGAGCUGCCUCAGCUGGUGGAAGAGCAGCUGGACAGGUACGUCAAAGCCUUCGAGACGCUCAAGGGCAACCGCACGCUCUGCUGGAAGUCGCACCUGGGCAACGUCAACCUCGACAUAGAGACCCGCGACCGGAAACUUAACUUCAACGUCUCGCCGAUCCACGCGACGAUCAUCCUGCACUUCCAGGAGAAGAGCGAGUGGAGUCUGGACCAGCUGAGCGAGGUCAUGCACGUCCCGACGACGGUGCUGAGGCGCAAGAUCAGUUACUGGGUCUCGCAGGCGCUACUCGUCGAGACGUCGCGCGACACUUUCACUCUGCAAGAGGAACUCGGUGCCGGUUCCUCCAAGGCCAACCAGUCAGGCGUCGUCAGCGAGAUGCUGGAGGACGAGGAGCUAGAGAGUGCCAUGGCAUCGGCGAGCGAUCAGCGCGAGGAGGAGCUUCAGGUCUUUUGGUCUUACAUCGUUGGCAUGUUGACCAAUCUUGAUUCCAUGCCUCUCGAGCGAAUACAUCAGAUGCUCAAGAUGUUCGCCUCGCAGGGCUCAGGUGCCGUCAAGUGCGGAUUGCCCGAGCUCAGGCUCUUCCUCGACAAGAAGGUCAGGGAGCACCAACUCCUCUUUUCCGGAGGUCUCUACAAACUGCCCAAGCCUUGAACUAUGUGCGCGCAGCGACUCUCAUCUGUAAAUAUUCGAAUCUUCAUUCAAUAAACUCUUACCCUAACGUUCUUUGUGCAAAAGUACCGUUGUAUCGCAUUCUCACACUUUUUUU